AACGGUUUUCUAUCGAUAGCACCUAUCAGGAGCUUUGACGUGUCGUCUGCCGGAACGCUGCUCUUACCUGUCAGGGUCUUUGACGUGUCGUCUGCCGGAACGCUGUUCUUACCUAUCAGGAGCUUUGACGUGUCGUCUGCCGGAACGCUGUUCUUACCUGUCAGGGGCUUAACUGACGUGACGUUUCUUCGGAACGCUGUUCUUCCCUGUCAGGGGCUUAACUGAGGUGACGUUUCUUCGGAACGCUGUUCUUCCCUUCUAUUUGGAGAGUUGUGCCCAACGAAAUGACAAGGAGCCGAUUAUUCCCAAACUUUGAGCUUUGAAAAAGGGAUUCAACAUUGGUUUGGGAGGGGCACGAAGACAAAUUUCAAGAAAUGGCGAGCUACAUGCUAUCAACAAUCAAAAGUGCUUACCACGACAACUGCAUCCCUAAGCACAAGAAAGAACAACAACAACAGAUUAACACACAAGACAACAAAAACUACACCAACGGUGAUUACAGCAAUUGCGAUGAGGUGACAACCAACAAAAUCUGGAAGCAGAGUGUAGAGUCGGAGAAAAGAUGUAUCAAAAGCUGGGAGGAGAAUUGGGGAUUUUUGGCAGAGUUUGAUCCAAAGGGACGGCCCAAAACACCUCAGGAAUUACCUGAGAAAGCCUCCAUCUAUUCAGAAGGACCAGUGCCAAAUACGAAUGCUGGCAAUUACGGAGGGCGACUGAACACAGAUGUGGCCAAUCAGAUGCAAGCGUUGGAGUUCCGAUUUUACAGUGAGAGGCGACGGCGGAAGAUUGGCGAUGACCUCAUUUGUUACUAGCUGUCGUAGCAGCUGGGUCUGUACCUGUGACUGAAUGUGUACAUAUUCAUUCUGAAAUUAUCACGUAUCAGGAUUUUCCGCGUUUUAGCUCAAGCUGUGAAAUGGACAGUGUAUAAGACAUAUGUAGCUAGAUGACAGUUUUAGGCACAUCCAUGACUUACGUAGCCGUUUUGUAAGAUAUUGUAGAUAUGUACACGUGUAGGUUGUUGUCGUACAAUGUCACUGUCAAACAAGUACUUCAUACAUUAUGUGAUAUGUUAACAUAGACGACAAAGUUACGGCAAGGCUUUCCAAUUUGUUCAGAAUAUCCUAAGAUAUGAAACAAGCAGAAA